AUGCUGGACGAGCUGGACAAUGUCUUCGACGACCAUCCGUCACUGGAUGCGUCGCUCGAGGACUUUGAGAACACAAGCAACGCCCAUCGCUCACCACUCUUUGGACUUCCUUCGCAACACUCAGGAUUCAGAUCAGAAGAAUCAGACAAUGAAGACGAAGAUGCGACUCCCCAAGGUGAUCGUUGGUCACCUCCUGGAUUUCGAAGGUAUGAUAACGUCCCGGGUAGCGGGUGGUACCGACACCAGCCCUACAAUCGCAUAAUCGACCACGAGCGAUUCGGCCUCAAACCGACUGUGGGAGUCAGUCCAUCGCAGUCGCGUGAACCCAGCCCACAGUAUGAAGAUGCGCCAGAAGCCCCCAUGGCAGGAACUCGCAGCCUCUCUGCCGAGACAGCAGAUGUCACUGUCGCGGCCAAUGUGCCACUGCCUCCCGACGCAGAUUCGCCCAUGAAGGGCCGGUCGCCCAGUCCUAAACGAUCACCCAUCAGGGCCACCUCUGAAGCUGAACCAUUGGAGUUCAGAGAAAAUAAUUUGAGUAAUUAUAUCCGUUUCGCUGUCCGCGCAGAAGUUCAACACCGAGAACCAUUUGUCGCAUUUUUCACUUAUAUGCGAUCUAAGAUUGACCAUCUCACAAGCUCCAAGUCGAAUACCACACUCUCCAUCCUGAUUGCCUUCCUCUCCAUCGCGUUCAUGCGCGCCUUGUUUAUGCCGAGUAUCCCAUCAGCGAUCCCAGACCUCGUAAAGCUAUCAAGCUUUGCGCGCUCAUUCGAGCCCCUGAUCUAUUAUUCCGAGAAUGGUGUGCAGCAGAUUGGGACCUUGCAGGAGACUGGGGUAGCGGUUUGGGAUCUCAGUGAGUCCGUGCGGGGAACGAACAUGACCAGCGCACCCAUCAUCGUUCGCCAACUCGAUGAACUAUCGGAAUCGCUGAAGUCGCUGUCAUUGGAGUUGACGCGCUUCUUUGCCAAUGUUGAUUCGGACGUCGAUUCGAUUCUCCUGGUUAUGGACUGGGCCAAGCGCGAGUUAGAAACUUUGUCAUCGCAGCCACCCAGCAGCCUGCCGUCGAUUGUUUUCGACAACGUCCACGACCUUCUGUCGCGUCUCGGUACCCUUGAACGCGUGGCAAUCUCCAAUGGGGAAGCCACGGGCACCGAGCUCGCCACUACCCCAACUACAUUCGGGACUGUGGUCGCAACUAUAUUCGGUCAAACUUCGGCCCAGCGCACGAGAUCAACCCUUACCCGGACGUUCACCGAGUUCCUGUCCGUGCUUGAAGAAUCAAUCAACAGCGAGCUGACACAUUCGACAGCGCUGUUUGCGCUGUUCGAGUCCAUUGACCGUCAGUUUUUGAACCUACAACGCACAGUCGUCCGCGAGUCCGAUGCCCAGGAGCGCGCCGAGGGCGAAAUGCUCAGUUCCCUCUGGACCCGUGUGCUAGGACCCGACGCUGCUGUCGUGCGCAAAUAUGAGAAGAACAAACGCCUCCUUGCAAACGUGCGCAGCCGUACUGUCGCAAACAAACAUCUUCUCAUGGACCAUCGCGGACGCCUCUUGACACUCAAGGUCAACCUCGAAACACUGCGCCGCAAACUCGUCAGCCCACUGGUGCGGCGCAACGACUCUGUGAGCUUUGCCGGAGCGAUUGACUCGGGAAGUAAUGGCAGAACACUAGGUCCCGUGGAAACCGUGAUUGAAGGCCAGAUCCGCGGGCUGGAGGGGACAUACGACUAUCUGCGUUCAGUGCGCGAGAAGCAAAAGGCAAAACUCAUGGAGAUGGUAUAUGGGGCGGGUCGCAAAAUCCCGCCGUCCAAUUCCCUGCUCGCAGAUGGGUCCGACGAUGCAGAUACGAUAGAUGGAUGA